CCCCCCCCCUUUUUUUAUUAUUUUCUGUCCCUUAUAUCACAUGGGUGUAACAGGACUCCUUCCGGCGAUCAAGUCGGUCCAGGAGCCGACAACUCUCCAGCGCUACCGCGGCCGCACGCUCGCGGUCGACUCCUACUCGUGGCUCCACAAGUCGCUCAUGACGUGCUCGUUUGAGCUCGCCCAGGGGAUGCCGACGGAAAAGUACGUCACCUACUUCAUGCGCCGUGUGACCCUCCUCGAGGACCACGGGAUUACGCCGUAUUUGGUGUUUGACGGUGACCACCUUCCCACGAAGGCCGGCACGGAGCGCGAACGCGCGGCGCGGCGCGAGGAAAACCGUGUCAAGGCUGCGGAUUACGCGCGCAGAGGUAACACCAAAGAGGCAUAUAAAUGCUACAUGAAAUGUGCGGAUGUGACGCCUGCAAUGGUCAAGUCCGUCAUCCAGGUCUUGAAGCACCGUGGACUCCAGUACGUGGUGGCGCCGUACGAGGCGGACUCCCAGAUGGUGUACCUUGAAGCACAAGGAUUGGUAAGCGGAAUCGUUUCUGAGGACUCUGAUUUGCUUGUUUUUGGCUGCCGAACCCUUAUCACGAAGUUGAACGACCGAGGAGAGUGUAUUGAGGUUUCCAGAGACCGGUUCAGUGCGUGCACGGAGCUUCCGUUAGCGCUGUUCAGCCUCGCGCAGUGGCGCGCUGUUGCGAUUCUCUCAGGGUGCGACUAUACCCUGGGGGUCAAAGGUGUCGGGGUUAAGUCGGCCUUUCAACUUAUCAAGCAGCACACGACGCUCGAGCGCGUGUUGGUGGCGCUACGGAUGAAUGGCAAGCCGGUUCCACGUGAGUUUGAGGACGAGGUACUCCAGGCAGAUUUGGCGUUUCAAUUCCAGCGCGUAUUCUGCCCCGUGAAGAAGGCGCUCACGACAUUGAAUGAAUACCAGGAGGAAAACCCGCUCCACGAGUGCUGUGGGGCGGCGUAUGAGGACGCUCUGUUGCACGAAAGGAUUGCCAGAGGGGAUGUUUGCCCUUUUUCCAAGGAGGAGCUCCAUCCCAGGGAUGUUGUUUUGGCAGGCAGGCCAAGCGCUAGUGCUGAUGUGGCGGGGACCGGCAGAGUGACCCCAGCGGCCAGGUCGCUUUCCACGCCACUGCCCAAACUGGCCAACUCCAUUGAUCUGUUCUUCCGUCUGUCCAAACACACUCUGAAGGGCCCCACUCCACCUAGCUUGGGUACUUCCACAAGUUUGGGCUCUUCAUCCUUGAAUCCUGGCAAACCCCGGAGCUCAACGCUUCCACGAACUCUGACUUUCCCUGCCGUGAGCAGACCAGUCCAGUCGAGUAAGAGACCUUUUGAGACCAAGUCUACCGGAUUGGCCAGCAAUUUUUUCAAGAAACGGGCAAUGGUUGUGCCUGAUACCGAGGGAUAUGAGGAUGAAAUCGUGUCCUCCCCAGAAAAUGGGGGACUUGCCGCCAAGUACGGCAUGGACUCCAGCGACUUUGACCUCACAGAUCCGGAAGACGAGUCACCGUUGCUGGAACCACUCCCACAAGUUUCUGCUGCCCCAUCCCCGAUUCCGGCUAAGCAUAUUUCCCACAUUCCGGGCUUCGAAACGGAUGACAUCUCCGAGUGUGAGAGCGAUAUAGACGAGAUUUUUCUGCAUACCUCCACCGCCAGCCUGGAGGACCGUUUGACUAACAACUUGCUGGCCAUUGCCCAGGGGCUCAAGCUGAAGUUUUCCUUCUCAUCCGUAAAUACCCCCGAGUCGUCGCCGAUGGAGAGUAAGGUUGUGGAACGGAUUCUGCCGGUGAUUCGGAAGAAGAUUUCCUCAGCAAACGCUAGGAAGCUCACGGCUCCGUCCCCUAGGCUGAUCAUGUCGUCGCCCUUGUCACUUAGCGGGUCUCAGGGACCGGUUUCAAGUCCAAACUCUAGGGCCCGUUUGGACCUGUUCAGGUUUACAAGGGCAUGAUGCUAGAGAAUUAGUAAUCAUCGAUUAGAACUCUGAAUAUCUGUCAUUAAAGGCAUUCCCUCUGUUGUAAGUGUUAGUGUCUUCAAUAUAAUCCCCC